AUGAGGAUCGCAGCGUCGACGGUGCUGCUCGGCGCAGCUUCGGCCGCGUCAUUCCAGCAGCAGGCCCAGCAGGUGCUCUCCGGUGGCUUCGGCGAUGGCCCGGACGCUAUGAAGCCCAUCACGGAUUCGUUCGCGGAUGCCGCGGGUCACACCAUUGAGAACCUCGAGGAGGCCUUCUCUGGCAUGACCGCCGAAGCCAAGGCGCUUUGGGAUGAGAUCAAGCUGCUCGUCCCCGACAGCGCCUUCGACCCGUCGUCCUGGCUCAGUCAACCCAAGCCGCACCGCCGCCGUGAUGACUGGAACCAUGUCGUCAAGGGUGCCGACGUGCAGAAGCUUUGGGUUCAGGGUGAGGACGGCCAGGAGCAUCGCCAGGUUGAUGGCCGCAUCGAGGAUUACAACCUCCGUAUUAAGUCGGUCGACCCUGCUAAGCUCGGCGUCGACUCCGUCAAGCAGUUCAGCGGAUACCUGGACGACGAGGCCAACGACAAGCACUUGUUCUACUGGUUCUUCGAGUCGCGCAACGAUCCCAAGAACGACCCGGUCGUCUUGUGGCUCAACGGCGGUCCCGGGUGCUCAUCCCUGACUGGUCUCUUCUUUGAGCUCGGCCCCUCGUCGAUUGACAAGAAGCUCAAGGUGGUCAACAACGAGUUUAGCUGGAACAACAACGCCAGCGUCAUCUUCCUCGACCAACCCGUCAACGUCGGGUACUCGUACUCGAGCAACCCCGUGAGCAACACCGUUGCGGCCGGGAAGGAUGUCUAUGCUCUCCUGACUCUGUUCUUUCACCAAUUCCCCGAGUACGCGAACCAGGACUUCCAUAUCGCGGGCGAGUCCUACGCCGGCCAUUACAUUCCCGUCUUUGCCUCGGAGAUUCUGUCUCACAAGAACCGCAACAUCAACCUCAAGUCCAUCCUGAUUGGCAACGGUUUGACUGAUGGCCUGACCCAGUAUGAGCACUACCGCCCCAUGGCUUGCGGUGAUGGCGGUUACCCCGCCAUCCUGGGCGAGUCUGAGUGCCGUGCCAUGGACAACGCUUUGCCGCGCUGCCAGUCGCUCAUCAACAGCUGCUACGAGAGUGGCAGCGUGUGGAGCUGCGUUCCCGCUUCUAUCUACUGUAACAACGCCAUGAUCGGUCCCUACCAGCGCACUGGCCAGAACGUCUACGAUAUUCGCAGCAAGUGCGAGGAUUCCAGCAACUUGUGCUACAGCGGCCUUGGUUACAUCACCGACUACCUGAACCAGAAGGACGUGAUGGAGGCCCUUGGCGCCGAGGUCUCGAGCUACGAUAGCUGCAACUUUGACAUUAACCGUAACUUCCUGUUCCAGGGCGACUGGAUGCAGCCCUUCCACCGCCUCGUCCCCGGCAUUCUCGACGAGAUCCCUGUCCUUAUCUAUGCCGGUGAUGCCGACUACAUCUGCAACUGGCUCGGCAACCAGGCCUGGACUGAGGCGCUUGAGUGGCCCGGCAAGAAGGACUUCAACGCUGCCAAGAUCAAGGACCUGAAGCUCGAGGGCGCCGAGAAGGAGUAUGGCAAGGUCAAGGCUUCGGGCAACUUCAGCUUCAUGCAGAUCUACCAGGCCGGCCACAUGGUUCCCAUGGAUCAGCCUGAGAACUCCCUUGACUUCCUCAACCGGUGGUUGGGUGGCGAGUGGUUCGCCAACUAA